GCCCUUGAUUGCUCACCACCACCACCACGACCAAUUGCCAUCAUUACGACGACAUUGAAUGCUCCCGCAAGCGUAGCUACACCGCUACUCAGCUCCUCUACGAUGCCUCCUCCAUCGAGGGGCCGUAGUCAGCUCCAUCCUUCCUCCUCCUCCUCCUCCUCCUCAACCGCUCGCAGUCUCUCGACCUCGGCAGCAUCGGCCCACAUGCGGUUACCCCCCUUGUCCCAGGUGCCGGCCCACCUCACACGCCUCGCCUAUCACGCCCUACAGGUCUUUCGUGGACUCUCGCUCAAGGCAAAGGCGAUCCUCUUCUUCUUUGCAGUGGCGUAUUUAGCAUUGAUCGUGACGGUCCUUCGGAUAGGCACCCACGGCAUACUCGAGUACCUGUCCGGUUUCGCCCUGUACUUUUCCCACUCCUCCUUUGGACCCAGUCUCCUGAUCCUCAUCAUCACAGUGCUCUCCUUUCCGCCCCUGGUCGGCUAUGGGACCUCGAUUACAGUCUGUGGAUUGUCAUUUGGGUCUCCGGAGUCAGGCGAGGGGCAUGGACUGCUCUUGGCAUGGGCAAUUGCAGCUGGAGGUUGCCUGACGGGCGCCACUGCCUCUUUCCUCGUCGGCCGUUGGGGGCUGGCGAGAUAUGGUGAUCGCUUUGAUUGGAUCAGGGAGGUCAGAGGAGGAAAGGAGUGGAGGGCGAUGGAGAAGGCGGUAGAACGCAAGGGCUGGAAGAUGGCGAUUCUUAUACGGCUAUGUCCCUUUCCAUUUGUCUAUUCAAAUCUCUUCUUCUCAUCCCUCCGGCCGAGCUCCGUGUCGCUACCCCUCUUCAUCUUCGCCACGCUCUGCACUACCCCAAAGCUCCUGAUCCACGUCUUUGUGGGAAGCAAAGCCUUCGAAGCCAUCCAGUCUGGCAAGAAUGGGCAAGCAGCAAGCAAGUCCUGGCUCAGCGUGGCGUCGAUCAUUGGAGCUAGUCUAUUAGGAGCGAUCACGAGCUGGUACAUCUAUAGAGAGACGAAGAAGGUCUUGGACAGUUUCGUAGAGGAGGAUGAAGAAGAGGCGAGGAUGAAUGCCGAGGAAGAAGGUCGAAGGAGGGGAGCUCAUCAAGAGUGGGGCAAUGGUCACGCUUCGCGGCAACCUGAAGGAGAGGGCUGGGGCUGGUUGGACGCGGAGGAGGGAGACUCACAAAAGCGGCGGACAGUCUCGCAAUCGUCGAGGAAUGGUCUGCAAAGACAGCCUAGCGGGUCUGCUUCCUUUACAUUAGGAGACCUGGACGGAGAAGAUGCUCAAGGCUCAGACGGGGUGGAUGACUAUCUGUAUGGCGGCAAGGACGAUGCGAAGCGGAGCUUACUCGGGCGCAGUAGUCGUCGGGACUGAGCCGGUCGAACCUGUCCCGCAUUAGAUGGCUCCUCGAGAUACCAAUCCAGACGCACCCACGCAGAUGGGGAGUACUGCUCU